GCCCACUUCUCGGGCCAUGCUCGCUUUAGGUCAAUGCCCUCCACCCGCCUACUGCAAGUCUAAAAUGCCACCCGUUGAUUGAGAGUGGCCACAUUUGAUAGAGCUACCCACGCCCAUCCAAAUCCGCUCCAACAGCGGGGUUGUGCGUCUUCUCGCCCUCUCUUCUCUCUCGGGACCGUCCUGCUCGUCGACACUCGGUGCGAUGAGUCUCGAUUUUACCCUACAGAUAGACUAGUCGGAAGUCUACGAACCUACUUCCAUUCUCCCCUUCCGACGAGGCUGCGCUUCUUUUCACCUCAUUUUUCAGUCAUUCGUUUGUACGUUUGAACGCCCUGCAGUGUCGAUCCAGUCGCAAGUCAUCUCGAACCCAUCGCAGCUUCGCGAUGAACCUCCUUUGAGAGCCGUGUAUUUUCACCACCCUCUCCCGCAGCCCACCUGCGGGCAACUCCCAGACACCAACGCGACUCGAGAAUGACGCAGGAGGGAGACCAGCAUGUGGUCUGGCCUCAUGAAAUGCAAGAUGAUGGAUUGGGAACCGGCGUCGGCGAGGACGAUUUCACAAAUUUCCUCGACCUAGACAAUGAUUUCCAACAAUAUGCGACAAUGAACAAUGGCCAUUCCGGCCUUGACACUCCCAUGGGUCGUCUUGGUUUUGGUAACAAUGCGAACGAUUUAGCUUAUUGCAAUGCGGAACAAAUGCAGAUGAACAUGCCCUCGACCACCGAGUCCAUGAACUUCACCAACCACUUGGUCGCAGACUCGCAUUAUAGCCAGUACCAGCAGCAGUUUCAGCAGAUGCAGAUGCCACAACAGUUCCAUGUUCCUCCAACGCCUGUGAGUGCGGAGAUGCAAGCGACCAAAUACGCGCACCACAUGGGAAAUAAUGGGCAGAUAUUGUUCGACCACCAGCAGGUUUCGUUCACGCCUCUUGUCUCCCCCGCCCAAACACCUUUAGACGGCACGUUCGCCCUUAAUGACUUUGGGCUUGGGGACGACUUCUUCAGUCCUCUCACUUCACCUGCCAUCGAGGCGCAAGGAGUGUAUACCGGCACGACCGCUUCGCCUGUAGAUCUCAAUGUCGACCAGGGAACAUCUGCGCCUGGGCCGACGACAGGCACGAAAAGACCUCGGAGGAAAGCUGCUCCCGUGGCUCGAACUCCCCGCAGUGUCAAGCAAUCCCCAUCCUUGAAGCCUCAUACGCGCAGCCGACACCCGUCACUAAGCAAUUUGUCGUUGGACAAGAGCGCAAACGUGUUACCUCAGGGGGCUCAGGCAUCGUCCUUGUACCCUUCGGCACCCAAUAGCGCCGUCAUACAACCCAGCGAUGACUCGGUAUCUCCCGAAGCACUGUCCGAAGCCGCCAUGAGACCACCUCCAGUCCCUCAGCCUACCCGAUCUCCUCGGCCACAAGUGUCGUCCCAGGGUUCCAACAACCCUGUUACUCCGGCUACCCUGAUGAGGAUGCCGAGUAAACAGUCAGUAUCGGCAAAACAGGUGGAGCAACAUAUUUCUGUGCCGCUGAUGGAUGAGCCCAUGGAGGACAUCAUGUUGCCUGAUGCAGCCGCUGCGGGUGCACAGCAGCCCGUGCCAGAAAAUGGCAAUGUCAGUAGAAAUGGCGAUGAUAGCGGAAACACACCGACACUUUCGGCAAAGACGGCGAAGUGGAGUGCCAGCAGCACGCCCCGAAGUGCCUUGACGAGGUCAGGCUCUACAGAGACAUUUGCAAAGCCUGGCAAGGUUGAAUCCCGCGGUGGUCGUGGCAGCAAGAAGCGCCAGAGUACUUCUUCUGCCACCAUAUCUCCGGCACUGCGACCGAAGAUUUCGCCCAGCAUUAGUCCUCUGGUUCCAGCAGCGGGUCCGGGUAUGGCACAUCUAUCAGCCGAAACGAGCGCGUUGUAUCUUGCGUCGAAAUCAAAUUACCAAAACAUCCUCGAAGGCACCCAUUUACCCGGAGUUUCUUAUCCCGACACUUUGGCCGAAAACCUCACCUCGAAACGAACGUCACACAAGAUUGCCGAGCAAGGACGACGAAAUCGUAUCAAUCUUGCCCUGAAAGAGAUUGAGGCGCUCCUGCCUCAAUCGAUUGUCGCUUCACAGAACAAAAAGGACAAGGCCAGCUCACAGGACUCGGGCGAGGCCGACUCGAAAUCUUCAGCUGCCAACCAAGGCGCAAGCAAAGCUAGCACCGUCGAGAUGGCCAUUGUUUAUAUCAAGAGCCUACAAUCAGAACUAAAGGUGGCGCAAGACAAGCUUGAUGCGGCGGAAAAAAAACUUGCCGAGGGCAAUAGUAGUGCGGAAAGCCAAACAUCUGAAGGAUGAAUAAUCAACAGGACUAAGAAGAUUCGGGAUCCAGGUUCAUGUCACGUCUUUAUGAUUUUCUAAUUUGUUGAUGGGAUUUUGGGUUUAGUGCUUCAACUUUUUCCAGACCGUGUGAUGAAAGAGAGGGAAAGAACUAUCAAAUUUACAGAAUCGAUGGGAUUACGAUGAGUUGGAGUCGGAAUUUGAGGCCGAGGAAGAGUGGAGGAUAUAUCAUCCCGAGUUUGGGUGUGCAAUGGUGCUGUUGAUAUCGCGCGUUGAAACGUUACAGCCUCAUAGAACGUUUUCCGAUGUCGUUCAAAGAUGCUUUGACCUUUUGUCAAGAGAUGUGAAAAUCUACCUUGUCUACCUAAGGUAUUUACUACGUCGACUACUUAUACCUUCACCUAUACAUAUACUUGUAUAUAAAGUAUAUACACAUACAUACAUACUCUGAAAAGAGGGGAUCGGAUUGUCGCCCAGAUACA